CGACAACAGUUCACAUGCAUGCAUGCAUCCGAUCCCUUUCCGCAGGGAGUACUUGGCCAAGAUGUCGUCUUGGGACGCCACCAAAGCAUCACGGGCAAGAUGAACAACCCUUCCAGGUUUCCAUGACUGCUACCGGCAAAGCACCGCCUCUAUCUGCCGUAUACUAAGAAAGAAUCCGCAGUCAUAGGAAUGGCCUUCUACGAUGCAUGCUCAGUUCUCACACUGACACGGUACGAUAUCCGCUUGACUGACCCGGUCCCGAAUCCAGCAACCCCACCUCAGUGAUCAGUAACUGAUCACGAUCCUGUCCAGCCUCGUCCGGAUGCAUAUCCUUUCGAUUUACAGUGGCUGUCCUGAAUUCGGACCCGCCUUUUCACUAUUCCCAUGCACAUCGUACGCCUCCCAGAACUGCUGGCCCUGGCUCUUGUUAUCAGCGACAUUCCAUUCAGCGUUUGUGCCGCUCGCUGUCUUGGAAGAGGAUGCUUGAGCUCAGAUGACACACCUCAACGCAGGGACAGCACCCUCCACUCCAGAUCGCUCUCCCACCCAAACAUGAUCGCUGUCGUUGCCGGUGUGGUCGCCGGAGUCUCGGUCUUCCUUUUCGCUAUCCUCGUGGUUAUUCUCGUUGUUCAGAGUCGCCGCGAUAAGAUUCAGAAAGUGGACACUGAAGGCGCAGUUCAGUUAGAAACCGCCAAACCCGAAUUUGCGACCCUCGUUCCACAAGCGAAGCCAUCGACUGCGGUCGAGCAUGCCGCAUCUCGGCUGCCUCAAUCUGUUCCUUUCGUUUCAGAGUGGUAUCCGAAUGAGCCUGCGGCCGGCACAAACUCGGGACUGCCACUCUCCAGCGCCACGAUGAGCUCCUCCAAAGAGACACAGGCUCAAAGCACGUUGUCCGAACCCCGCCGAAAGGCCACCCACUCUCGUUCUCUCACAAUUCAGCUUCCUCCUCGCACGAGACCGACGUUUUGGGCAUGCCAAACGGGCAUUCGCCCGCGCAAACGGGCAUUUGAUGGGCAUUUGACAGGUUUGGCGUGAAAUUGAUGCAAUCAGGCAUGCAUGCCCGUUUGCGGGCAUGCCAAGCCAACAUUUUGGCAUGCCUCAGGCCAUAGAUAAUUUGUAUUUACUCGUUGUAGGCUUCUCUAUGGGCUGUAUUUAAGCAUG